AUGAGCAUUCAAACCGCACCCACACUCAAGAAGCUGGCAAUUCAGUCUCUGGUGAGAGAUGAGGAUUUGGCCAUAUCCUCUUUGGAGGAGCUACCCUCUGUAGUCUUCCCAGCACUGUUCAAGGGGGCAUUCACUGGCAGACAAACCAAGCUCAUAAAGGCAAUGUUGGCAGCCUGGCCUUUCCCCUGUCUCCCUGUGGGGGCAUUGAUGAAGAUGCCUAAACUGGAAAUGUUGCAAGCUCUGCUAGAUGGAAUAGACAUGCAAAUAACUCAAGGGUUUCACUCCAGGCACCUGAUGACGCCACUGAGCUCCCUUUCUGUCACUCACUACCAACUUUCACAGUCAGAUUUGGAUUCCUUCUCCCACUGCCAGAGUGUCUUUCAGCUAAAACAUCUGGAAAUUAGAGGUGUGGUUCUAACAGAUUUGGAUCUGAUGCCUAUGAAAUGUCUCCUCCAAAAAGUGGCAGAUACUCUAGAAACUCUGGAUUUUCAGGGAUGUAGGGUGAAGGACUCGCAGCUCAUUGCCCUCCUACCUGCCCUCACACAUUGCUCUCAGCUCACCAAGAUCAACUUCUACAACAAUUGCUUCUCCAUGCCCAUCCUGAAGGACCUUUUGGAGCACACAGUCAACUGGAGCAAGAUGAAUGUGGAACAAUACCCUGCCCAUCUGGAGUGCUAUGAUAGGUUGGCUCAUGUCUCCAGAGUAAGAUUUGCCCAGCUUUGUCUGCAGCUCCUGGAAACUCUCAGGGCAAUAAGGCAGCCCAAGAACAUCUCCUUUGCUACAGAUAAUUGUCCUAAAUGUGGUGAGCGCUGUGUCUAUGGCCAAAGUGCGAGAUUUUGCUUUGGUUGGCACUGA